AUGGGGCCCCUGGGCAAUAGGGGAUCAUGGGGCCUAUUUGGAAAAUCGGGCAGUGCCCGAGGGCCCAGGGGACUAAGGAGCAUAUGUUCCGAAUGGAGAAAACUGCUUUUGUAGAUUUCUCCAGGUUUUGGUAGUCCUGGAUGGGGCUCCAUAGUUUGGAGACUCCAUCAGGGGCGGACUGACAACUCAUGGGGACCACGGGCAAUAGGAGUUCAUGGGGCCCCUGUGUCCUCGCCCACACCCCAAAAAGCCUAUGAAAGAGCCAAUGAAAGGUACCAGGGGCAUCUCAUGGGGCCCCCUACUGACCCCGGGCCCUCGGGCACUGCCCGAGUGCUCAAAUGGUCAGUCCGCCCCUGGACUC